CCAGUCAUGAAACGCUUCUCGUUUGAAACGGUCACGAUAUUUGUUCGCGCGGUCAUAUUGACAGACAAUUUCAGUUAUUGAAAAAUUGACUUUGACUUUAGUGUAAUAAAGUAGCAUUUGCAAUGUCGAAAACAAACGUUUUCGCCAAUACGUCUGACACGAAAACCAUUGUAAGAUUUGUGAAGGAAAUAGAGAGACACCCUUGUUUGUAUGAUCGGAAAUCGCCCAAGUAUAUGGAUCGAGACUUAAAACGGCGGACAUGGAUUUAUGUUGCGAAGAAAGCGAACAGUACCGUUGCGGAAUGCAAAGAUAAAUGGACAAAGAUAAGAACAGCUUACGUCAGAACGUUGAGGCCGUCUUAUGUUAACGGUGUUUGUACCUAUAGUAGACCAUACUAUUUAGCUAGUCAUCUGAAAUUCAUACCACCAGUGAAAACAAAGGUCACAUGUUUGGCUUCAACAUCAAGAAACAAACAAGAAGAUACAAAUAAAGUUGAGACGAAUGUAGAAGAAUUAGUUGAGUCAGAAGACAAUUUAGAUAGUGAAAAUGAGAAAACUUCUCAGCAUCAGAUAUUUUUGGAUGAAGAGAAUAAUAGUGUUGAUUCUGAUGAUGAUCAUGAUGAUGAUGAUGAUGCUGAAGAUGAUGGAAUUAAAGGUUAUGAUAACAUUUUGAUUGAAACGAAGGACAUUGACACUAAAGAAGGAAAUAAAACAAAAGUUAAAGAAAACAUAAAGAAACAUGAAAAUAAAUGUGAAGAAUCGGACAUUCAGGUGCCUUAUGGUAAAGAUUUUGAAAAUAAUCCUAGGAAAAUGUUUUUAUUUAGCCUUCUGCCUGACAUUCAAGAUUUAAAUGACGAGCAGAUGAAGAGUUUUAGAAGAGAAGUGAUAAAAUUAAUCGAGCACGUGAACGUUAUGUACUGACAUUUAAAAUGUACCGAGAGUCUAAAAUAAAUAAAUCACACAAAAAACUUUUUUUUAUUGGAAAAGUAUUAAAAACGCUUAUUUUAGUUUAUUUGCGAUAUUGUGAAGU